UAAAGUUAGUUGAACCUAAGUAAUCAAUUUCUCCCUCUCUCUCAUUUCUCGUCUUCGAGUCUGCAAAAUCCCCAAUUAAAUUACAGGAAGGGAAAAAAUUUAUAUAUCAAGAAUCACAAAUACAUUGAGUCGAAUUUAUUUAUCUUUAGGUCUUCUUUGACAGGAGACGACGUCUUUUUUUUUUUUUUACACCGAUAUGGCAGUUGCAUCGGAGGAAACCACAACCAUGUGCAAUCACUGUAACAGAGCUAUCCCUUCCUUGAACUACGAUUUGCACUCUGUACAUUGUUCUCGAAACCUUGAAAAAUGUAAAGUUUGUGGUGAUAUGAUCCCAAAAAAGCAUUAUGACGAACAUUUCUCAAACACUCAUGCUCCGGUGGCUUGUUCCCUCUGCAGUGAGACAAUGGAGCGUGAAGUUCUAGCAAUCCAUAAAGGUGAAAAUUGUCCUCAAAGGAUUGUCACUUGUGAAUUCUGUGAGUUUCCGUUGCCUGCAAUUGAUCUAGCUGAGCAUCAGGAGGUAUGUGGCAACCGGACAGAACUUUGUCAUCUGUGCAAUAGAUAUAUUAGACUGCGAGAAAGAUACAACCAUGAGAUUAGAUGCACUGGUGUGACAAAUAAUAUCGUGGGAACUUCCAGAGAUGUCAGGGCAGCUGAAAGACCACAAGGUGCUCCAAGAAGGCCGCCACAAGAUUAUUCACGGCGACGUCUGAUGUUCACCAUUGCAAUUACAGGCAUUGCUGUGAUACUAGGAUCACUUCUUUUUCAGAGGAAAACAGAGAAUAAUCCAGUGCAUUAGCAAGCUGAGAAGGUACAGAUUAGGGCUUAUGUAAAUGACAUCUCUGAGGCUACUUAUUCCAUUUAUCUGGAUAUGUGUAAUCAACUGAGGCAUACUGUUGUUACCCUUUUAACUCAUUUGGCUGUGACAGUGCAUUGAGAGCUCGAGUAUCCUCAUUUGUAAUGAGCUUCCGCGUUUAUUUGCAUACAGUGAAGUUACUUGCAUGUAAUGGUCUGCAAUUCUACUUCUGUGAAUUUACUAUCA